GAUGGUACAGUCCAGACUUCAGCUGUGCUGGUGAUCAAACUACAGGAGCAAAACUUUUUGUAGGAAUGACAACUCCAGACACUGGGAUUUAUCAAGACAACAACUGCAGGAGACCACCGAGUGUAUAUUUGAGGGAUAAAACUAUUAUGACUGUGAAAAGUUUAGUAUCUGGCCUGGGAACUGUAUUGCAGUUCUGCAAGCAAAAAAAUGUUCUUUUGGGAAUUAUUUUACUUCAUCUUGGUAAGACAUGGUGAAGACAUUCAGAAGAGUUAAGAAACAGGUUUUUGCUGCUUUUUGCCUUUGAAUUCAUAUAAGAAACAAGAAGACAAGUCAGCUUGUACUGGAGUUGCUGCUUUUUUGCCAAUAUCCCUUGCUUGGUAUUGCAGAAAAAAAAUAAAUAUGGAAGAUGAUGACCAAGAAAUGCCUAGCUCACAGCUACAAACAGACAGCAGUUUACCAGCAAAUUUCUCCAAACUCUGGACAGAUGUGAUGGGUUUACUGGAUGGUUCUUUGGGGAACAUUGAUGAUUUGGCCCAACAGUACUCUGAUUACUACAACACCUGCUUCACUGAUGUGUGUGAAAGAAUGGAAGAAUUACGAAAACGAAGGGUCUCGCAUGAUUUUGAUUUGGACAAACUGGAUGCCAGUCCUACAUCACUGCAGCUGUGUUCUCAGAUUGAAGAAUCCGUUGGCUUCAGCAGUACCAUGUCAACACCAGAGACUGAAAGAAAAGCCCCACUCCACAAGUCAAGUUCUGAAGACAGCUCAGUAGGUAAAGGUGAAUGGAAAAAGAAAAAUAAGUCUUUUUGGCAGAACAUCCGCAAGGCUCAGAAGGGGAUAAUGAGGCAGUCUUCAAAAGGGGAAGAUAUUGGCUAUGUAGCCAGUGAGAUCACUAUGAGUGAUGAAGAACGCAUUCAGCUGAUGAUGAUGGUGAAAGAGAAGAUGAUAACUAUUGAGGAGGCACUUGCUAGGUUGAAGGAAUAUGAGACCCAAAGCAGACAGAUGUGUGCCAGUGACUCUGCUGAGUGGACAGAUGAUUCUAACCCACCAGUGGACGAGUCAUCUACCUGUAACUCUCGAGAACAAUCUGAGGAUGAAGGUGAAGAAAUGGUGAAAUUCAAGCGACUACAUAAGCUGGUAAAUUCUACCCGAAGAGUGAGAAAGAAACUUAUAAAAGUAGAUGAAGCGAAGAAAGCUAGUGCUGAUGAAGACCAAGUUUUUGUUGGUCCUCCUGUGCGGGAUGACAGAUCUGCACUUUACUCAGGGGUGAACAAGAAGCAGUUUGUCCAUGAUAGCUCAUCUCCAAGGCAGCAAGAGGAGGACUCUGACUCCUUGUCAAUGUCACGGUCAUCCAGCAGUCUGGAAACAUCUAGUGGGAAAAAACUUGUGAAGACCCCUAGUAAGUCUGAGAGCAAGGGCCUUAUCAAGUCAGCAAAGAAGGCAGGGACCUUCUUUUCUUACCCAGAUGAAGAGAGAGUACAAAAGGUGUCUCGCUCCCUGACAGAAGCUGAGAUGAGAAAGGGACUGAAUCCUCUGACUCAUGGGGUAAGUAAUGAAAGCAUUUGCUUAUAUGACAGUGGCAGGCACAAACAUCACAUUUUAGUGUCUUUGGAAGACAUUCAAAAUGUGAGGAAACAGCUCCGACUGAAAAAAAUUGAUACUAAUUACUCAUGUCCCAGAAAUUUUCUUUAUCAGCGCCCAGCCAGAAAAGGAAUAUCUGUCACUACCUGUGACCUUCAUUUGGCUCAAGAAAAGACCAAGGGGGGAAGUUGUGGCUUUCCAAACAGAAGGCUACGAGGGAGAACAGCUGUGAGUGAGUUCAAUAUUACAUAUGUGGUUGAAAGGAGCCUCUAUGGCCAUCUGAAUUUGUCCCAUCUGAUGCGCCCAAUGACUGAUCGUACACUGAGCAAAGCUGAUAAGCAGGAUCUGCGUCGUUGCCUUCUGGAAGAGGAAGAGGAAUCGGAGAAGAAGUGGGCUGCUUCAGUAGAUCGCUGCACUAAAAGAGUGCUAUUGAGAAUUCACCAGAAGUCUAGAACAUGCAGCUUCGGGGGCUUUGACCUGUCCAAUCGUGUGGUGCACAUAGGAAACAACGGCUCUGAACCACUAGGUAGGGAAGGAGAAUGCAUUUACAAAGAAGUGAACAAGUCGCCGAACCCUUCCCGCAUCUCACUUGGUAAGAAAGUGAAAUCGGUGAAAGAAACCAUGAAGAAGAGGAUGUCCAAAAAGUACAGCAAUUCUUUUUCUGAACAGGACUCUAGUCCUGAUGGGAUGCCUGGUUGUCCACAGUCACCUCAUCCAGACACAGAUUCCUUGGAUAAGCCUAAGCUAAAAAGUGGAGGAUCUGUUGAAAGUCUCAGAAGUUCUUUAAGUGGUCAAAGUUCAAUGAGUGGCCAAACUGUGAGCACAACUGACUCCUCAGCAAGUAACCGAGAAAGUGUAAAAUCUGAAGAUGGAGAUGAUGAAGAACUUCCGUACAGAGGACCUUUUUGUGGUCGUGCCAGGGUCCAUACAGAUUUCACACCUAGUCCAUAUGACUCGGACUCCCUUAAACUCAAGAAAGGUGACAUCAUAGACAUAAUCAGCAAGCCUCCAAUGGGAACAUGGAUGGGACUAUUGAACAAUAAAGUUGGCACAUUCAAAUUUAUCUAUGUGGAUGUUUUACAUGAUGAAGAGAAGCCAAAACGGCCCACAAGGAGAAGACGAAAAGGAAGACCACCAAAGCCCAAAUCUGUUGAGGAGCUUCUAGAACAAAUUAAUAUGAAGGAGCAUAUGCCAACCUUUCUUUUCAAUGGCUAUGAGGACUUGGACACGUUUAAAUUACUGGAGGACGAAGACCUGGAUGAACUCAACAUUCAUGACCCAGAGCACAAAGCCAUCCUGCUGGCAGCUGUGGAACUGCUACAUGAAUAUGACAGCAACAGUGACCACUGUGGAUCUCAGGAGAAGCUGCUUCUUGAUGGACAGGGACUGAUCGAACACUCUCCACGUGACUCUGGCUGCUAUGAUGGCAACGAUAACCCUGUGAAUGGAAAAAGUAAAAAGAGUUUUACUUUGUCUGCAAAGUCUACAGACUGUGACUUCAACAGUAACCAACUUGCAAACUAUCCAACUCUGCCUUUAACUGAGUCUGUAGAAGCACUGCAGAUUGAGGGAAAAGAAAAGAGACUUCAUCUGAUUUCCUUUGCCAAAAGCAGCUUGAAGCCUUUUAGCUUAAAGGGCUGGAAGAAGAGUCACCGGAGUCUACCAGCAAAAGCAUGCCGCAGCUGUGAGACCCUUGACUGUGCACAUCCUGCAGAAAAUGAGAGGAAAAGAUCUCGUUCCCUUGGUGACCUACAGAAGGACUUCAGCUCUGAGGCCCAAAGUAUGGGCAAAGCAUGUCAACAUUUUAAUCAAGUUAAAGACAAGAAGAAAUCCUUUAGCCUGAAGCUUAACAUUAUUCAGGACACUUAUUCUAAAGCAGAUAAGCCUGCUGACCAAGCAAAAGAAAGCAGUGACCCUCAGAAACCACAAACAAGAGACUUAUGUCAGAAUGCACCAGAACUGCCCUCCAAACAAACUGUACAAAUGCAAAGUGAGAAAACCCAGCAAAGUAGGGUGAAACGUUUUGGAAAUGGUGAACAUGUUAGUCGUCUUACAGAAGACUCUAAUGCCCCAGUUGUUAGAGACACUGUAGAAACUGAGCAGAAAUGCAGUAACAUUACAGAGAUACGGCCACAUUCCAAGCACCCUGCACAACCUCCUCCAGUCCCUGCAAAAAAAUGCAGAGAGCGUCUGUCAAAUGGACUUUUGCCCCCCUCUGGCGUGAUGAGCACUGGUGUUACAAGUGCAGAAGGAUUGUCAUUGCCAUUUAAAAAGCCAAUCUCCCCCACUGACUGCACAUUAAUAGUAAGUCCUUUGGCACUGGAGCAGCCCAGUACCCCUACAAGUCCACGACCCCCAUGGUGUCCUGACGCAAGUGAUACAGGGACCUCUCAUGGUAUGAAAUUGGGGCAUGUGUCUAUGAAAAAAAUCUCCUGGACAAGAGGUGCAGACUUGGACAUGCUGAUAGAGAACAAGCUACUAUCUGAAGGAAUUGAUUUAAGUGAGGAACCUUACUCUGAUAAGCAUGGCCGUUGUGGAAUCCCUGAAUUAUUAAUCCAGAGAUAUGCUGAAGAACUUAACCAGCCUGUCAAAGAGGUUGCUGUCAACAUGGAUGAAUUCCGUGUAAAAGAACUGAGGAAGCAGCAUCGAAUGGCUAUUCCAAGUGGAGGCCUUACAGAAAUCUGCAAGAAAGCUACAUCUCCUGGACAUAUCAGCUCUGUUUCUGACUGGUUGAUUUCUGUUGGACUUCCAAUGUACGUUGACAUACUCACAGCUGCAGGAGUGGAUAGUUUAGACAAAGUGCCCUCCCUAUCAGAAGACUGUCUUCAAGAGGCUGGCAUAAAGGACCAGAAGCACAUAUACUGGCUUGUGGGAGCAGCAAAAUUACUGAACCCUGAAAACAUAAAAUUAUAACACAAGUAUGGCUAAAUGCUGGUGUCCAGCUUGACUUUAUAACAGGGGUCGAUAAAUGUAUUCAUCAGUGAGUUCUCUCCUCCCCUUCAAGAAUAAGAAAAGGGAAGCCACUUGAAAGCAUUUACAAGCUGAGGUGCAAUUUGGGUAUUAUGUUGCCGACUCGUGUGUGGAGCCAACUAAUCUCCUCAUUUGCUCAGUGCAGAAAUGAUGCUCAACACAGAGUUUAGCUAGGUCAGGGGGCUACUGAGUUGCUUGAUUGUCAGCAAUUUCUGUGACUAUAAAGCCUCGUGUGCUUACAGUCUCUGUUUGCAAAGACCCAUACAUUUUAAAGCUGCUGUUUAGAAGUUAAACUUUUUGCCUUACUGUAAGCUUUUAACAUGUUAUCUAAGUAGUAUUUGCUAACAUAAUGGUAAUAUAGCUGCCUAUUUUGGAAGUUAUUGACUGCAUUUACAGUUUCCAAAUAAACUUGAGCUAAUUAAAGUUGUCUGCCUGCUAAAAUGGCACAAAGUACUAAUGCUAUAAACUUAUUCUGAUGUAUCUUAGCGUAUUACAACUUGAGGUAACAUAAAGGCCAGGAAAACAGUUUUUUUCUUCUCACUAGGCUAGUCUUUAUAGACAGUUACAAAUGGCAUUAAGUACACAUUAGAGUAUAUAUAUAUUUCCAAAUAUCAUCUGUAGCUGGCUUCUUCAGUUUAUCUCACUUUUAGUCAUACUGUUUUGUGGCAGUCUUUUAUGUUUCAGCAAUAAUUUGUAUAUUGCAUUGCGUCCAAGUACAAUGCUUGUUUAGCCAUACCUCAGGGCAGAGGUGCUGUCAUACAUGAAGAAUUAAAGGAAACCUUCAGAGCACAUGGCAGAACUGGAAAACUGGAUUUUCUAGCAGUGAUAAUAGUGAGGGCAUGUAGUCUUUGCAGAUGCCUUCUGGCAGUACCUCUGCUUCUUAGAGUCAGGACAGCCCCCACUGCUUUGGGCAGACCUGAGUAUAUUUAAAUUCAUUCAGAUAUAGAGAGCAGGUCCAAUAAGCAGUGUAUUGUCUGUAUACAGUAGUCAGCAAAAGAUUGUAAGACUGAAGAGAAGGCAGACCCCACAGCACUACCCUUACUGAGGUGAACACUUUACAUUUUACAAUAACAUUGCAUCUCAUUUGGUUCUGGCUUAUGUCUGUCUUGUCUCAGAAGUGGUGAUUUGCCAGGUGCAAGACUAACCAGUGCAGGAAGGAUUGAGUGCUGCCCCAGUGGCUGCCCAUUAGCUUUGAAAAUGAGCAAAGUACCCAAAAAUAUGCAGCAGUCAAAUAAGCCAUUUGUUCAGAUAGGCUCACAGGUCACAGAAGGACAUUGUAUUUGGCAUAAAGAGAUGGGAGACAGUGCUAGAAAGCUAAACAAAAGUCAAGAUUUAGAGUAGGGAAGACAUAAAUGAGUCAUAAUAUAGCAUAGCAUAGCCCUUCACAUAUGCUUCCCAGAUUAAUAUCACUUGGUCCUUGCCUUUCCCUUACCUCUGAAUUUCAGGAGCAUCCCUACAUUUAUAAGAAUGAAUCUGUGGCCGAGUAUGGAAUUUACAGACAACCAACAAUGCCAGUUAUUAAAAUUACAUAAUUGAUUUUAUCUUUACAACAUUCUUAAUGAAUGGCACAGUAUUUUAAAUCAUAACUUUCAAAAUUCUUAAUAAACAGUACAAUAUUUUAAAAUUAUCCUUCAUUUUAGGUAUUGGUCAUUUAUUUUGAGUUUGUUCUGAUGCUUUAAAGCAAGAGAUUUAGAGCUAUGUCUUGCUAUACACCUAUUUUAUUCAAAGUAUAAAUAAUGUUUUAUUUAAAAUUUCUUUUCAUUUAUUUUUGAAGUGGAAAGUUCAUUUAGAUGUUAAAUAAAAAUUUUAUAUGGAAUUUUUGCUUUCCAACAGUAGCAUUUAGCACCAUAAGUGGGCUGUUGUCCAUGUACCGUACUUGGAAUGAGGCCACAAAUCACUGCACUAAGUAUUGAUGUUGCCAGUUUCAAUAACUGAACAAAUCUCCACAGGCAGUAUUUACUACAGGAUUCUCUGGACAUGCACUUGGGAGGUAUCACACAAAAUGGCUUGGCUUUCUGAAGGUAUAUAAUAAU